ACCAAACAGAAGCAGGCUAAGGAAAGAGGCUGGGUGCGGGUCUGGCCUUGCCAGCCCAGUUAAAGACCAGCGGCGCGGAGGCGCCCUCCCGCGCGGCCCCUCUGCGGUCCUCCCUGCCCAGCCCGGCAGAAUUCACUCCUGGGGCUUUAAGGGGUGGGCUCUGCUCACUACGUGCCUUCGUGCGUCAUUCUCGUGCGCCUUGAGCCUCGGUCUCCACGUGGGUUCGGUGGUUAAACCCGGGCUGGGGAUCAUGGCGGGAACGGAGACUGGGGACGCCGCAGCAGGAGCCGAGGCCCCUCAGCCUCAGAAGCGCUACUAUCGGCAGCGGGCUCACUCCAACCCCAUGGCGGACCAUACGCUGCGCUACCCUGUGAAGCCAGAGGACAUGGAUUGGUCUGAGCUAUACCCAGAGUUCUUUGCUCCACUGACUCAAAAUCAGAGCCACGAUGACCCAAAGGAUAAGAAAGAAAAGAGAGCUGAAGCCCAAGUGGAGUUUGCCGACAUAGGCUGUGGCUAUGGCGGCCUGUUAGUGGAACUGUCACCGCUGUUCCCAGACACGCUGAUUCUGGGUCUGGAGAUCCGGGUGAAAGUCUCAGAUUAUGUGCAAGACCGGAUUCGGGCCCUACGAGCGGCUCCUGGAGGUGGUUUCCAGAACAUCGCCUGUCUCCGUAGCAAUGCCAUGAAACACCUUCCUAACUUCUUCCGCAAGGGCCAGCUGACAAAGAUGUUCUUCCUCUUCCCUGACCCACAUUUCAAGCGGACAAAGCACAAGUGGCGAAUCAUCAGUCCCACACUGCUGGCAGAAUAUGCCUACGUGCUGAGAGUUGGGGGGCUGGUAUAUACCAUAACUGAUGUGCUGGAGCUACAUGACUGGAUGUGCACCCAUUUUGAAGGGCACCCCCUGUUUGAGCGUGUGCCUCUGGAGGAGCUGAGUGAAGAUCCCAUUGUGGGACAUCUGGGCACCUCGACCGAGGAGGGAAAGAAAGUUCUACGCAAUGGAGGAAAGAAUUUCCCAGCCAUCUUCCGAAGAAUACAGGAUCCCACCCUCUAGGCCGUGACCCCCAAUCCUACCCUUCCUGAUCACUGACUUUGCCUUUGCUGACUUUGCCCUAGUUGGACCCCAUCUUCCAGGGACUGGAAAGAAGACUGGGCCCUUGGACCUUCCCAGCUGAGCCUGCUAGGGCUGAGCAGCAACAGACUCUCAAAGAAGUUGAGGAACUGCCCAGGGCAGAACCCUGGAGUUCAUGACCAUCCCUGACUCCUCUCACCUUCUUACCCUUCCAGUGGCAGCAGAAAGCAAAAGCAGCUGACUGGGAAGGUCAAAAGGCCUUGGACCAGAAGGGAUCUUUGGAAGGGAGUGGAGUCUUGCUCUCCCUUAGCAGUCCCUUCUCCUGGGAUUUCUCCUCAGCUGGAGUGAGGAACGCAGUUCUCCACUGUCCAUCUAAACUGCCUGCUAAGCUCAAAUCACCUGCCCACUCGUGUUUACUUUGCAGUUCAGGGGGUAACAUGUGUUUGUGUGCACAUCCCAUGCUGCUGUUUCUCAGGAAAGGCUAGAGUGUGUAUCACUCCUGUCCUCUCCCUGCCUAAGACUUGACCUGUGGAAUCUG